CAAUUCGACCCAAAUCCGCCCGAAGAAUUUCCCGACCCGAAAUCGUCCGACGCCCACGCUAAUCCAACCUAAUACAGUCCACCCGCACUUUGUUCACCGCCCGAACAUUGGUCCUGUUUCGAACCGGAUUUGAACCGAAGGAAAGAUGCCGCUCAACAGAACGCCCCCGAAAGGUUCCGCCAGAACAGAUCCCGACGAAACGAACGACUUCCUAGGUUUUCCGAAUCCGAACGAACAUAACCUCCAAAGCGACGGUUCCGAGUCCCCACGUGAUCAACUCAAACAUUGUUCCCGAAUCCGAUGGUACCGCUUGAAUCUUCCGAGCAGCCGGUCGCUGCUGUCGACGCCGAAACAAUGAAGCAGCUUUCUUCACUGUUCCGCCAACGCCAACAAGUGUACCAAAAGGUAGCCAGAAUCCACAGCGCAGUGAAGGGAAUGCUCCUGGAUUUACCGCAGCUGAAAGUUUACACCCGAAAACUGGAAGCAGCAUACGGUGAAUUCUCAAAUUUCCACAGCCAAAUAGUCGCCCUGUUACCCGCCGAAGACCUAACCUCACAAGAGGAAAACUACAUCCGCUUCGAGCAGCUGUACGAUUGGACAUCCGCCAGCAUCGAAGCCCAAAUCAUCGACCAUCAACAUCCUCCACCACAUCCGCAAGUCAUCGUGCACCAACAGCCGCUGAAAGCGCCAUUCCCGACAUUCGACGGUGAGUACACCAAUUGGCCCAAAUUUAAAGCGAUGUUUCAGGAUUUGAUGGCUCAGUCGCGAGAUUCCGAUGCGAUAAAGCUGUACCACCUGGACAAAGCGCUCAUCGGAGCAGCCGCUGGCGUUCUGGACGCAAAAACGAUCAACGAUGGGAACUACGCACACGCAUGGAGAAUCCUCACCGAGAGAUUCGAAAAUCAUCGCAUCAUCGUCGAGACGCACAUCCGUGGCUUGCUGUCGCUGAAAAAGAUGACAUCCGAAUCCUACAAGGAAUUAAGGAACCUUCUCGACGAGUGCACCAAGCAUGUGGAGUGUCUGGAAUAUUUGCAGCAAGAACUGACCGGAGUGUCCGAAUUGGUGAUCGUUUUCUUGCUGACGUCAGCGUUGGAUCCAUCGACGCGAAAGGUGUGGGAACAAUCACUCAAUUCCGGAGAGUUGCCGAAGUACCGAACAACGAUAGCAUUCCUGAAAGGCCAGUGCCAAGUGUUGGAACGAUGCGAAUCCGUUUGCCCGAUCCCAAUUCCGAAACCAUCUACAACCAAACAAACUCAACCGAAGGUCCUCAAUCAGCGGACGAACGGCAACCGCAGCGUUCGACAAACCGUCCAUCCAAUUGCCGAAAGAAUGGAAAAGGUUCGAGCUUCCGGAGUGUGCUACAAUUGCCUAACCAAGGGUCAUCGCUCGAAGGAUUGUCCAUCAACCAAGAACUGCCAGAAGUGUGGUAAGCGACACCACACUCAGCUCCACGAAGAUCAACAACAACAACAACAACCAAAACCGAUGGCUACACCCACCACCCAAAUCGAUGCCCCUUCUCAAGCCGCACAACAACCCACCGUUUCGUCCAUGCCAUGCAAUUACACUGCUUCUCCCAAAACAGUGUUGUUGCUCACCGCUGUCGUUCACGUCCUGGAUAACGACAACCAACCCCAAACCUGCCGAGUUCUACUUGACAGUGGGUCCCAGGUAAAUUUCAUCACCGAUCAGCUGGCCAGCACGCUGCGUCUCGAGAAACGAAAGGUCGAAGUCCCAAUCGGUGGCAUCAACAAAAUAAAAACUGUCGCCCGCCAUCUCGUCAAGGUUCACCUCCAAUCACGCUGUAGUGAUUUCCGCACCGAGCUAGAAUGUCUAGUCAUCCCGAAAGUGACUGGUCCGAUUCCAUCAAACAACAUCGACAUCACUGAUUGGGAUUUCCUCCAUGGUGUCCAAUUAGCAGAUCCAAAUUUCUUCAAGCCCGACAAAAUCGAUCUACUGAUUGGAUCAGCGCUCUUUUUCAACAUCCUCAAGACUGGCCACCUCAUACUGGAUCCCUGUUUACCCGAACUCCGAGAGUCACACCUUGGUUGGCUUGUGACUGGUACCCUUACAUCGAAAUCCAACUAUGAGCCUAUCCAAUAUGCCCAACUAGCCUCGGUGGAAUCCAUCGAAAACUCCAUCACCAGAUUCUGGGAACUUGAAGAAGUUCCAACCGCUCCGAAAACGACAGCCGAAGAGCAGCAAUGUGAGGAACAUUUUGUUGCCACCCACACUCGUGAUGUUUCCGCCGACGACCCGCCCCAGCGUGGAAAAUAUUAUCUUCCACAUCACGCUGUACUUCGCCCCAACAGCACCACCACAAAGUGCAGAGUGGUGUUCGACGGAAGCGCCAAAUCAUCCCCGUCUGGUCUUUCCCUGAACAACGUCCUCACCGUCGGCCCAGUGGUUCAAAACGACUUGUUUAGCAUUAUGCUAAGGUUCCGCAAACAUCGUUACGUUUUAACGGCUGACAUCGCCAAAAUGUACCGACAAGUUCUACAGUUGACAACCGUCACCUAUGGAACCGCAUCAGCUCCGUUUCAAGCAACCAGGUGCUUGAUACAACUCGCCGACGACGAGGGAGACAAGUUUCCCAAAGCUGCUGACAUCUUAAGACAUAUUAUGAUUGCUAUGUUGACGAUAUCAUGUGAUAUCAUGUCUGGUUCCGACAACAUCGACGAGGUGAUUGAAAUCCAACGACAACUGAAGGCCAUUCUGCUGAAGGUGAACGAAAAGCAGCCCACCACGAAACGAAUUGUGUGUUCCGAAAUCGCCAAAUUGUUCGAUCCAUUGGGAUUAAUAUCACCAACCAUCGUUACCGCCAAACUCCUAGUUCAACAACUUUGGCGAAAGAAGUUGGAUUGGGACGAUCAUCUCGACAACGACAGCCUCAAGCAUUGGAACGACCUCCGAGAGUCACUUUCUCACCUAAACGAAAUUGCAAUCCCCCGCCAAGUGACAUUCAACGACGCUGUGGCUUACGAGCUGCAUGGUUUCGCCGACGCUUCUAUGGUAGCAUAUGGUGCAUGUGUCUACAUACGAAGCAUUUUUCCCGAUGGUUCCUUUCUACUUUGGUCCGACAGCCAAAUCGUUUUGGCUUGGAUCAAAAAACACCCCGACCGACUUGAGAUUUUUGUGCGCAAUCGAAUUGCUGAAAUCAAUCUUCACACCCAACAAGAACAGUGGCAUUACGUUCCAUCGCAGUUCAAUCCAGCCGAUAUCGUGUCGAGAGGCCUACUGCCGUUCCCGCUGAGCCAAAAUACGACGUGGUGGGAAGGUCCACAAUUCCUGACCGAAGCAACUUUCAUCGAAGAGCGCCUAGAAGACAUCUCCGAUGAUGAAUUGCCGGAGUUGAAAGUCAACUUGGUGACUACUCUGGCAACCAAUCAAAAACCGUUGGACGUUUUCACCGAUGUGAGCUGUUUCCGAAGGCUGCAACGAAUUAUCGCCUGGGUGUUGAGGUAUCUGAACAACCGCCGCAAGCCAAAAGAGGAACGUGUGUUGCAUCCGCAUUUGACUAUCGACGAGCUUCGAAAUUCCAUGUUGGUCAUCGUUCGUGUCAUUCAACGUUUGGAAUUUGACGACGAAAUCAAACGAGUCCAAAAUGGUGUCCCAUGCAAACGAUUAGCAGCUCUCAAUCCCAUCCUAUCAGACGGUCUUCUUCGAGUUGGUGGUCGACUGCGACAUUCCAACUUGCCCGACGAAUCAAAGCACCAGCUCAUCCUACCAAACAACAAUUCGGUCACAAAGCUACUGGUCCGAGCUUUGCACCUUGAGCUUCUCCAUGUGGGUCCGAGUGGGCUCAUCUCAGCGCUUCGACAACGAUUUUGGUUACUCAACGCCCGUUCAACCGUUCGCAAUGUUACACGGCAAUGCAUCAAAUGUUUCCGUGUGAAUCCAACCAACGUCCAGCAACUGAUGGGUGAAUUGCCAAGGCAGCGUGUGGUGUUUUCCUCGCCGUUCAACAUCACCGGAGUCGAUUAUGCUGGUCCAAUCCAAGUGAAGCAAGGUAAAUAUCGUCCGAAGGUGGUCAAGGCUUACGUCUCGGUGUUCGUGUGCAUGGCCACAAAAGCAAUCCAUCUGGAAUUGGUGUCAGAUUUGACGACCGAUGCAUUCAUCGCUGCCCUAGAGAGGUUCAUCAGCCGCCGAGGAAUGGUUGCCGAAUUGCAUUCCGAUAAUGCAACCAACUUCAAAGGUGCCAGCAACGAACUCCAUCAAUUGUACCAGCAGUUCCAAGAUCAGCAGCAAGCCAGCAAAAUCGAUAGGUUUUGCCAGUCGAAAGAAAUCGGUUGGCAUUUCAUCCCGCCAAAUGCUCCCGAGUUUGGUGGCCUUUGGGAGGCCGCUGUAAAGAGCACCAAAUAUCAUCUCAAGCGAAUCAUCGGUACAACUCUGUUGUCCUUCGAAGAAAUGGCCACUCUGUUAUGUAAAAUCGAAGCCAUCCUCAACUCCAGGCCCUUGUAUUCGAUUUCCAACGAUCCUGCUGAUCCGGAGGUGCGGAAGAAGAACACAUCCGUGCAAGAGAACAUCAAACCUGGCAUGAUCGUUAUCCUCCAUGACAACAACCGACCCCCCCUCGAAUGGAAACUUGGCCGCAUCACAGCUGUAUUCCCUGGCGAUGAUAAUUUGGUUCGCGCCGUAGAUGUGUUCAGCGAAGUGUGGUGA